ACAGUGAGCGUGUUUUUUUUUCAUUUCCCGGCAACGUCUAGUGAGAUAAAAGCGAGCUAUAGUAAUCCUUCGUCAUCGUCUCUUGGUAUUUCGACACUGCAAUUGGAGAUUGUCUUACGGGUCUGGUGGUGAUUUCUUUUUUUUUUAAUAUAAAACAAACGUACAGAGAGAUAAGAUAGCUUUCACGACGGUGCGUGUCCAUCAAAAUUCAUAGAGACACGGUUGCAAACCCCUAUCCCGACGAACAAGCCGGACUCGCGCAGCCUCUCCUCAGUCGCAGGCAAGAUGUCUGGUAAAACGGAUUUCCUUCAAGCCGUGCUGCUUACGCUAAUACUCACUGUUUCGUCGCUUUUCCAAGGUGCUGCCGCCGCGGAUGGAGCCGCUCGGUACGACCAUUACCGGCUGUACCGUGUCGAGCUGGCGACGGACGAGCAGGUGCAGCUGUUCCAGCAGCUCGAGGCGAAGAGCGACAGCUGCACCUUUUACGGCCAUGCGCGGCAACCGGGCCAGCAGCUCACGAUCAUGGUGUCCGCCAGCAAGGUCGCGGACUUUGAGGAUCUGCUCGCGCUACACGCAGUGAGCGGGCGCGUGCUCGAGCGCAACAUGCAGCAGUUAAUCGAGCGGGAAGCGGCCACGGUACAACCGGCCAGCACCGACCCGAGCCAGAUGGACUGGGAGCACUACUUUCAGCUCGAGACGAUUUACGCCUGGAUGGAGCUGCUGGCGGAACGCUUCCCGGGCGCGGUAAGCACGCUCGACAUAGGCACCAGCUACGAGGGGCGCCCGAUCAGGGGGGUGAAGCUGUCGCGCCGUCCCGGCAACAAAGCGAUCGUGGUCGAGGGUGGCAUACACGCGCGGGAGUGGAUUUCCCCCGCCACGGCCACAUUUCUGCUGCACGAGCUGGUCACGUCGGAGGACCCGACCGUGCGCGAGCUCGGCACCGCAUACGAUUGGUUCUUCUUCCCGAUCGUAAACCCGGACGGGUACCGGUUCACCUUCACCGGAGACCGGCUGUGGCGCAAAAACCGCAAACCGUACGGCCUGUGCCGCGGUGUCGAUCUGAAUCGCAACUUCGACAGCAACUGGGGCGGAGUCGGUUCGAGCGACGAUCCGUGCAGUUACGACUUUUCCGGCAGUGGCCCUUUUUCUGAACCGGAAGCGGUCGCGCUCGCUGACUUUGUGCGGAACAAUGUGGGCCCGGCCCGGAUACGGACGUACAUUGCGCUGCACUCGUACUCGCAGCUGCUGAUGUUCCCGUACGGCCACACGGCGGACCGUGUGCCGAACUACGACCAUCUGCGGUCGAUCACAGAGAAAGGGAUCGCCGCGCUGACGGCAGUCAGCGGAACAUCGUACCGCGGGGGAAGCAAGUACGAAACGAUCUACCCGUCGAGCGGUGGCUCGAUCGAUUGGGCUUACCGUCCCGGUGGCGUACCGGUGUCCCUGACGUUCGAGCUGCGCGGGCCGCCCGAUUCCACCGACAUGUUCAUACUGCCGGCGGACCAGAUCCGGCCGGUCGGGAAGGAAACGCUCGCGGCAUUCGUGGCAAUCGUGCAGGAAGCGGCCCGCCUCGGUUACUAUGAUAGCUAGGAAUAAAAAUAUCUUCGUGGCACCCGAAGCCGACAGCCCUUCGUGGGUGAUGCUGAUCGAACCUGCGUACAUGCAUCGCUAAAUUUAUACGCCAAUUUAAUUGAUCGAUGUUUUGUCCCCCUGUGCGUGAGAGUGGAGUUGAGUGUGUGAUAAGAUAAGCAAAGGCGAAAAACGGGAAAGUGUACAGUAAAAAAACCAAUCCAUGGAGAAAA